GCGGGAUCACCAAAGCGACGUGAGCAGCAUCCACAUCCACAUCCGCAUCCACAGCCAGCCAACAUCAACACCUUCCAAUCCCCACCUUCUCACCACCACAUUGAACCACUGUCGCGUCCAGUGAUGAUCCUACGUUCAGAACAAUCGCGUUGAUAUCUUCCCUCGACGUCAAACUGCCAUCUUCCUCCGAAGCUGUCCACCACGCCACGAAGCCUCUCCAUCUCCUUUCUCCACCACAGCGCAAACCAACCCGAGUUAUUCGCCAUGUCUUUAAAUCUUGAGAAACAGUUGUGCUUUGUGAGUCCACCUAGUCGCAAUCCGUCGCCUUCAUCAACCCUGAGAAACUGACCGUCGGCACAGUACGGCGCAUACCAUCACAACCCGACCAAUAUCGCAAUUCAUAUGACAUGUGUCCCUCUGAUUCUUGCUGCCAGUUUACUGCUUGUAUGCCUUUUCUCCCUCAACUACAAUUAGCCCUUGGAACUUUUGCUAAGCGAUAUGUCAGGCUUCCAACAGCCCCACGUUAAUACCUCUGCCAUCAUGGCUAUCGGUUCCUAAUCUUCCCCUCAAUUUGAGCACUAUCGCCGCACUCCUAUACAGUGGCUUCUAUAUCCUCCUCGAACCAGUCGCAGGUACUAUUCUCUUGCCAAUAAUCAUCGGAUGGACUGCCGUUUCCAAUUAUCUUGUUGCGACAUAUCCUACAACAGCCAACACUUACGGUAUCGCUGCUGAAAUUAUUUCAUGGGGAGCUCAAUUUGUUGGACACGGGGUUUACGAAGGUCGUGCUCCCGCUUUGUUGGACAACCUGCUCCAAGCAUUGGUACUGGCUCCAUUCUUUGUAUUCAUGGAAUUCUUGUUCAUGUUUGGGUACCGACCUGAGCUCCAGAAGAGGGUUAACGACGCCGUCGAGAAGGAAGUCAAGAAGUUCAGAGCAAGCAAAGAGGCCAAAAACGGAGAGGCCAAGAAUGGAAAGGCCAAUUGAAAUCAAGCGACAAGGCAUUGUAUUGAGUGAAAUUGGAGUCCGGGGCGGAGCUGUGUAUAGAACAGGGGAGGUAUGGAAGAUGAAUCCGGAUGACCCGGUCGUGUGUGUUGGAAUGGGAAGAAUGACUAAGGAAGAAGGGAUGGAAUGGUGGGGAAAUUGGAAGAGCCAAGUUGAAGCAGGACCUUGGACCAUGGCUCCAGGGCUAUCUGAAGAGGGCAGGUACGGUGGACCUUUUUUCAUUGCAAGACACGUUCGAGGUUGGUGUUCAGGUCCUAGGGUCUGGUGCGGUUAUUACGUUAGUUUGGUACCCUUUCCAGCAUUUGAAUCCAUGAGAAAUCCACUGCAAUGUUUUUUCCAUGAUGUUGUCGAAAGCGGGUCUAAACUCAGGAACACCUCACAUGUCAAUUCACGUUUAUCUGAUCAGAGUCAAUAUUUUGUUUUGAAGCUUGUAUUAGUUGUACUGCCAUUCUCGCUAAGAAUAUUGUAUUAUAGGUAGGUAGGCAAGAGAGUAUUGUAGCCUAUAGGUCGGUAAGGGAUGAUCCAAUGAAUUAUUAGCAAGGUUACAAUGUUACAAGGGCUUACCUUUUGUGUCAAAUUAUCAGCGGCCUUUCCGGAGCUCUCUUCUGUUCGACUCGAGGAAGAAAUAUUCGCGUUCAUAUGGCCAGAGAUUGUCUAAGACCUCCCUAUGUGAGGCCUGUGUGAGCAACGUAUCCGAUUCAGGGGUUCGAGUUUGAAUUUGUCUGUAUGAAAAUGUUAGCCAAAAUUCGUUCAAGGAGUUUCUUACCUAUCCUUCCUGCUCUGCUUUGCCGCUAAUUCGUGUAUCCAGUAGAUUUCGUUGUACCUAUAUCACAAAAUGUUAGCCAAUAUUCCUCAUAAGAUCUUGUCUCCCUUUACUCACGUAUGUCCAUCAUUUUUCAGUCGUAAUUCUUGUUUUUCCUUCUCUUUCUUGUUUUGUUUUUUUAACCAAUUUUAUUUAGUGCGUAAUAUCAAUAUACCGUUCCGGAUUCCUUGGACCUGUUAACG